UCUUCCUGGCCAUCUCCCUGGCUGCCCUCCUGGCCAACAGCCUCAUCCUCAGCGCCGUAGCCUGUGACCACCACCUGCACACCCCCAUGGGCUUCUUCCUGCUCAACCUCUCCCUCACAGACCUGGGCUGCAUCUGCACCACUGUCCCCAAAGCCAUGCACAAUUCCCUCUGGAACACCAGAAUCAUCUCCUACAUGGGAUGUGCUGCACAGGCCUUUUUCUUUUAUUUCUUCAUGUCAGCAGAGUUUUCCCUCCUCACCAUCAUGUGCUACGACCGCUACGUUGCCAUCUGCAAACCCCUGCACUACGGGACCCUCCUGGGCAGCAGAGCUUGUGCCCACAUGGCAGCAGCUGCCUGGGCCACUGGCUUUCUCAAUGCUCUGCUGCACACAGCCAAUACAUUUUCCCUGCCCCUGUGCCAGGGCAAUGCCCUGGGCCAGUUCUUCUGUGAAAUCCCACACAUCCUCAAGCUCUCCUGCUCACACUCAGGCUACCGCAGGGAAAUUGGGCUCAUUGUGGUUAGUGUCUCUUUAGGACUUGGCUGUUUUGUUUUCAUUGUUUUCUCCUAUGUGCAGAUCUUCAGGGCUGUGCUGAGGAUCCCCUCUCAGCAGGGACAGCACAAAGCCUUUUCCACGUGCCUCCCUCACCUGGCUGUGCUCUCCCUGUUUGUCAGCACUGCCACAUUUUCUGACCUGAAGCCCCCUUCUAUCUCCUCCCCAUCCCUGGACCUGGUGGUGUCAGUUCUGUACUCGGUGGUGCCUCCAGCACUGAACCCCCUCAUCUACAGCCUCAGGAACCAGGAGCUCAAGGAUGCCCUGAGAAAAAUGAUGACUGGAUGCUUUUCAAGAGCAACAACCUGCCUUUUUUCUUCUGUACAACACUCAUUGUGUAACCCUUUACUGGCCCAGCCUGCUUUCUAAAGCUUUUGAGAGUGGUGGUGGGGGCCAUUUCCUACAUUUUUUCCUCUUUUAAUGUUGUU